AUGGUGACCAUGGCGACCUCUCCAUCGCACCCCUCCAACAAGCAAGCGCGAAUGCGUGAAAAGGCCGAGGAGAUCAAUUUGGUGUUACUAGAGCCUGAUGUCGAUUUGUGGAAGUUACGAGAGUUGGCCCUGAGUGAAGGAGGACUUGUCAAUGAUACCAUUCGCCGUCGAGCUUGGCCUAAACUGGUGGGUCUUACGAGCAACCGCACCAACAAACUGGAUGAUAUUAGUGAACGCAAGGUUCUGUCGGACAUUCAAGAACGCAAAAUGAUUUCGGUGUUGAGUCCAGCACGCAAAAAGUCUCCCAAGGUGCUCCGACGAGGACCCACUCCGGAACUUGUGACCAAUUUUGGGAAAGACGACAAUAAUAACCCUGGCACGGCCUUUACAGGAGGACCCUUUGAUCAGCACGAUACUACCGCCACGGCGGCUUUGGCCGAAGAUGAUACUACCUCACUGGCAUCCUUUGACGAUUCCGUUCUAUCCAGUCAUGUCGUGGCCUGUAUGGAUGCCGAACAAAUUGAACGCGACGUGACGCGCUGCACGUGGCAUUUGCUGACGGGAGGACAACGAUCCCGACGACGCAUUAUCAUGAACAAACAUCGCAAGAAAAUCUCCAAAAUACUGAGACGCAAACAACGACGAUUGGGGGAUUUGAUUAAUCUCACACUGGCCGUGUCGGAGGAAGACUUGCCUACGGAAGAUCGAUUGUGUUAUUAUCAAGGAUAUCAUGAUGUUGCCAGUAUUUUCUUGGCGGCUCUGGGAGGGGCGUCCAUCAAGGCGAUUGAAAAGCAACAACAACAAACUUCACCAGGGUCGGACGCGGCAGUCCAAGCGGCUACCAUGGGCCUAGAAAUGUCAUCCAAGGUACUUUACCAGGUGUCUCUGUCUCAUUUCCGGGAACCCAUGAGGAAGGACUUUCUACACUUGCAAACGGCACUCCGCAUGGUACUGUUGCCUCUCUUGAGUGUCAUGGACCCGGAGGUACAUGCACACUUGUAUGGCUGUGGAAUGGAGCCGUUCUUUGCCCUCUCAUGGAUGCUGACUUGGUUUUCUCAUGACAUCCGAGAUACGACACUGGUCAAGCGACUCUUUGACUUCUUCCUGUGCAGUCAUCCACUGAUGCCCAUUUAUCUCAGUGUCGCCAUGCUGUGUCACUCAUCCAAUCGACAAGAAAUAUUGGCUACGCCCUGUGAAUUUGCGGAACUACACAGUGUCUUGGCUGGAUUGCCCAAAAACUCGUCCAUGGUUGGCUGGAAGUACCGCGUCGGAGAUGGAUAUGUAUCAGACGACGACGAAAUUGGAGAGGACGGGGAGACUUCGAUUAGUUUGGAUUCCGACAUGCAAAGUAAUGGAAACUCCACCAAUCGCACCCCCGGUGGUAGUCACUCCUUGAACAGUGGCUACAUGGCGAUGAUGCGGCGCGAAGAUUUAAUCUUGUCGGAAGGGCACGCCCAUGUCGUGUCCAUGGGUAUUCCCGCUCAUGUACCCUUUCAAGAAUUGAUUGACACGGCCAUUAAAUUUAUGAGACGGAUACCUCCACGAAAGUUACGCGGUCUUGCCAUGCGAUACUUUGGCCCAAUGCAAGGGGAACCCAUGAUGGCCAUGUAUCCGGGGAUUACCUUGUUCCAACCUCCGCCAUCCUGGGCGUUGGUGGCACGAGCCAAGGCCGAUUGGGUGCUGAAGCAGCGUGGGCGUACGCCGACGCGGGAACCUAGGCGGAGAUACGUAACAACAACACGCAAGAAGGAGGAAGAUGACAGCAACAACGACGAAAAUAAAACCAACCAUGAAGCUGCAGAUCAAAGCGAAAAAGUAACACCGGAAAUGAUCGAAAAGCUGGCGAAGAAGCUGAAAUGGCCCAAAGCUAUGGUUGCGCAAGGAUUUGGUCCGGGAGAAGAGGAAGUUGUCAGGGAACGAAAGCGACGUAGACUGCUCAUGAUUGGAGGAGCUGCCACGGUUGCUGUAUUGGUCAUUGCUGUGGGUGUGGCGCGAAGCCGCAACUCGAGGCUCAAGGGAUCUUCGGGCGGUGGCGAUUUCUUCUUGACGCGCGAAGACGCAGUGUCGUAUGUGAAAUCCACUGGAAGCGCGAGAGGCAAGAACCACCAUCAGAGCGACAACUCGACGGACUGGUGUCUUGUACCAAGCAAUGCUACGUCUGCUCCAACGCUCUCCGUGAUUAGUUCCAACGAGUCGUUGCUUCGAAGGCAUGUCCAGCGAAUCUUGGUGGGCCAGUUCCGACAAGUCUACGCAAAAGUUCAACUUGUGGUAAAAACGGUGGAGUUUCUAAAAUCCAGUGUGAGGGAUCCCGAGUUCCAUGCCAAUAUACAGAAGGCCUUGAGCGAGUCGUUUGCCAAGGUUGGUCGGACUCUCACUGAUUCCCAGGGUCGAGCCAAUGUGCGAAAUGGAGCUGUACGUGCGUCUCAGAAUGUGGGUCGCUCUGCCGUGAAUGCCUUGAAGAAUAUCUUCCUUGUCGCUCGAGAUCAUUUGGGAGGAGAUCAACUGGAGGAGUUGGAGCUCGGAGCAUGA